UGCCGAAGAAGCCCACCAUCAAGGAACUGAAUGACUACAGACCAGUUGCUCUAACAUCUGUAGUCAUGAAAACCUUUGAAAGGCUAGUGCUUUCCUACCUGAAAACCAUCACGAAUCCGCUCUUAGACCCCUUGCAAUUUGCAUACCGAGCAAAUAGAUCAACAGAUGAUGCUGUUAAUAUGGCUCUGCACUACAUCCUACAACAUCUUGAGUCUCCAAAGACCUAUGCAAGGGUCCUUUUUGUAGACUUUAGUUCAGCAUUCAAUACCAUCAUUCCAGACAUUCUUCUAACUAAGCUAAACCAGCUACAGGUACCGGAACAGACUUGUAAGUGGAUCACAAGCUUCCUAACAAACAGGAAGCAGCAGGUGAAGCUAAGCAAGAUCACAUCAAAUACCUGUACAAUUAGCACAGGGGCCCCCCAAGGCUGUGUGCUCUCCCCACUUCUCUCUGUAUACCAAUGACUGCAUCUCCAAUGAUCCAUUUGUUAAGCUACUGAAGUUCGCAGAUGACACAACAGUGAUUGGUCUCAUUCGAGACAAUGACGAAUCCGCAUAUAGACGAGAGGUCGAACGACUAGCCUUGUGGUGCAACCAAAACAAUCUGGAACUGAACACACUCAAAACCGUAGAAAUGGUGGUAGACUUUAGGAAAAACCCUUCCAUACUUCCACCUCUCACAAUACUUGACAACACAGUAUCAACAGUAGAAACCUUCAAAUUUCUGGGUUCUAUCAUAUCGCAAGAUCUCAAAUGGACAGCUAACAUCAAAAACAUCAUUAAAAAAGGACAACAAAGAAUGUUCUUUCUGCGCCAACUCAGUAAGCCCAAACUGCCCAAGGAGCUGCUGAUCCAAUUCUACAGAGGAAUUAUUGAGUCUGUCAUUUGCACCUCUAUAACUGUCUGGUUCGGUUCUGCAACCCAACAAGAAAAACACAGACUUCAGAGGAUAAUUAGAACUGCAGAAAACAUAAUUGCUACCACCUUGCCUUCCAUUGAGGACCUGUAUACUGCACGAAUCAAGAAGAGGGCCGUGAAAAUAUUUGCAGAUCCCUCGCAUCCUGGACAUAAACUGUUUCAACUCCUACCCUCAAAACGACGCUAUAGAGCACUGCACACCAGAACAACUAGACACAAGAACAGUUUUUUCCCGAAGGCCAUCACUCUGCUAAACAAAUAAUUCCCUCAACACUGUCAGACUAUUUACUGAAUCUGCACUACUAUUAAUCGUUUCAUAGUUCCCAUCACCAAUCUCUUUCCACUUAUGACUGUAUGACUAUAACUUGUUGCUGGCAAUCCUUAUGAUUUAUAUUGAUAUAUUGAUCAUCAAUUGUGUUGUAAAUGUUGUACCUUGAUGAACGUAUCUUUUCUUUUAUGUACACUGAGAGCAUAUGCACCAAGACAAAUUCCUUGUGUGUCCAAUCACACUUGGCCAAUAAAAUUCUAUUCUAUUCUAUUCUAUUCUAUUCUAAAACCACAAAACCAACAAUUAAAUCAAUGAAGACCUAGACCGAGAAGGCAAAGUUAAAGCUACAGGCUUGCCUUGACUGCACUGAUUGGAAUGUUUUUGAAAGUACCUCUGCAGACUUAGAUGAACUCACAGGUACUGUAACAUCAUAUGUCAGCGUCUGUGAAUACCUAUCUGUACUGACCAGGAACUUGUGAAAAUAAAGUAAAAACCAAUCUUGGUUCACAGCUUAACUUAAGCAGCUACAUCGUUCCAGAAAGGAAGCCUACAGAAAAGGUGAUAAAAUGCUGUACCAAUCAGGCAAGAAAUGUAUUAACAAGGGAGAUCAGAGCAGCAAAAAGAAGCUACUCUGAAAAGCUAAAGAAUCAGUUCUCAACAAAUGAACCAGCAAACGUGGAAAACUCUUAAAAAUAUCACUGGUUAUGACAAACCUCCUUCCCAGGCUGAAGGAAAUCAACAACUAGCAGAUGACCUGAACGUGUUUUACUGCAGGUUUGAAUGGAAACUACAGCCACCUAUCUCCGCAACCCCCAUCUCAGACACACCAACAACAGCCAAACCUCCUACAACUGACCAUUGGGUUCCCGACCCCUAGUGAUCACAGAAAAGGAAGUGCAAGACCUAUUUCACAGACAAAAGCCAGGAAAAGCUUUUGUCAAGAUAAUUCCUUCUUGCUUAAAAGUCUGUGCUGAUUAAUUGGCCCCCCUCUUCACCCAUAUCUUCAAUAAAUCAUUAGAGAUGUGCUAUGUUCCUGCUUGCUUCAAACGCUCUAUUAUCAUCCCAGUGCCAAAGAAGCCCACCAUCAAGGAACUGAACGACUACAGACCAGUUGCUCUAACAUCUGUAGCUAUGAAAACCUUUGAAAGGCUAGUGCUGCCCCCCUUGAAAACCAUCACGAAUCCGGCAUACCGAGCAAAUAGAUCAACAGAUGAUGCUGUUAAUAUGGCUCUGCAUUACAUCCUACAACAUCUUGAAUCUCCAAAGACUUAGGCAAGGGUCCUCUCUGUAGACUUUAGUUCAGCAUUCAACCCCAUCAUUCCAGACAUUCUUCUAAGUAAGCUAAACCAGCUAGCGGUACCUGAACACACUUGUAAGUGGAUCAUAAGCUUCCUAAUGGACAGGAAGCAGCAGGUAAAGAGCUCAGAAUGAAGCGACGAGCCCCCGAUAGAGGUGGUGGGGAAACAUCAGCCAAGGUCCUCUGCCCAGGGAUUUCCGGCAGUAGCACCAAAAGAGCCGGGCCUUUCAUUCUUGGCCCACGUUUGGGCAACUCCUCAGUGCCUAGCAUUGUUCAGUGCUUGGCAAGAAAGGAUGGGACAGACGACUUCUAUCAGCUGAAGAUCCUCACCUUGGAGGACAAGAAUGAUCAUGGCACAGAAACCCAAGAGGAACGUCGUCGGGGCAAAAUGCUGCUGCACACAGAGUUCUCCCUCCUCUCUCUCCUGCACAAUCAGGAUGGGGUGGUCCAUCAUCAUGGCCUUUUCCAGGUUGAUCCUCCUCUUCUUUGUGGCAGCCCCUCAAAUACUGAAGCACCGCUAUCAUAUCAGCCUGAAUCCUUUUUUUCAUCGGACUAGACAAUCCCAAUUCCUGCAACCAUUCUUCAGAUGUUUUAGCCUCCAGCCCCUUAGUCAUCUUUGUUGCUCUUUUCUGCACUCGACCUAUUUUUUAUAAUAUGGUGCCCAAACCUGGAUGCAGUAUUCUAAGUGUGAUCUUACUAAGGCUUUAUAAAGUGGUACUAAUACUUAAUGUGAUCUCGAUUCAGUCCCUCUAUUAAUGCAGUUACUGCUAUUGAGCCAGGUUUCACUUAAUCUGUCUCUGAUUUGUCUUGCCUAAGUAUAAAACCUUAGAUUCACUAAAAUUGUUGCUCUGGCAAAGGAAAGACCCAUGCCACUCCUCCUAUUUAAGGUGCCUAUUAAAGUCUUCAGAACAUGUUUGAUAAUCUGUUUGAAGAUCUUACUCAGUGUAGACAUCAAAUGAUUACCGAUUUCUCAUUUUGUAAGAUUUUUCAUCCUGGAUACUUUGAAGCCAAUGGACCCAACCUCUC